AUGGACUCGAUCUUUGGCAGAAAGAAGCGCUCGCGCCAGUUCAACUCGGACGCCGCAGACAAGGCCAUCCCAUACGAACGCACCGUCAGCGGUCGCACGCCCGUCCAUGUCGAUGGCGCACUCGCAGCUUCCUCCUCGGCCUCCUCGUCGGCAGCUGCAGCAUACCACUCCAACGCAAGCCCCAACAGCUCCAAGCUCUCCAUCGGCAACCCGUCAGGCAAUCCUGGCUUAGGCGCCGGCGUGCAUCGCUCCAGCGCUUACUCGGACGCCAACUACCAUUACGAACCCUCGUCCGCUUCCAUCAUCUCGCAUGCAAAUGGAUCUACAGUUUCGUCCAGCGGCCUUGGCGCACAUCGCCGUCAGCUCUCGGGUGCUUCCUCCUCGCGACACGGACUCAGCACGCACGACUCGAUGCACUCCAGCUCCUCGUCGUUCCCAGGCCAGAAUGGCGCGCGGUCCUCGCGCUACACCUCCACCACCAGCGCAAGCAUCGCCCACGACGCAGCCUCCAUCCGCUACAACGGCGGCGCUAAUCAUCCGCACGACGUGCUCACCAGGAUGUCCGUCGCCUCCACCGCCAAUCCCAAUCCCGAAUCGGCAUUCCCCAGCACCAGCACCAGCCACUCGAGCCUCGGCAGAGACUCCUACCAACCGCCAGUGGCGAGUAGCGGCGGCAAGGCGCCCGACUUUGUCCUCCAGCGUCCACCGGAUGCCGACGUCGAGCGCCUCUUUGCCGAGCUCAUGGACAAGCGCGACUUCCUCAACGUCCCCGGCGGCAACCUCUCGGACGAGCUCAAGGAGACCGCGCGCCGCAACAUGCUCGGCUUUAGCGUGGACAAAAAGUGGACGCUCGUCUACAACGACAAGCUCACCGAGUGGCACGCCGAAAAGGAGCGCGACCGCAACCGCCGCCACCACGCCGCGGGUGCUGGCCCCGCAGGUGCAGCCUCCGGCCUCGUCAUCACGCGCAACUCGCCCGAGUGGUUCAUCAAAAAGUUCAUGGACGGCACCGUCACCACCAAGCACAUCGAGUCGCUCGCCGUCACGCUGCGCACCUGCGCCAUCGGCUGGAUCCAGAGCUUCGUCGAGGCAAAGGGCACGCCCGUCCUCGCAAGCUUCCUCAGCGGCCUCCACGCCAAGGGCAUCAAGUCGGACAACGACCUGGCGCUCGAGUACGAGGUGCUCAAGGCUUUCCGCUCGCUCUUCAACUCCAAGCCGGGCGCCAACGAUGCGCUCGCACAGCCAAAGUGCAUCAGCGGCAUCACCCACUCCAUGAUCUCGCUCCAGCUCGCCACGCGCAAGCAGGCCGCCGACAUCCUGCUCUUCUUGUGCCACUGGGACAAGCCCACGGGCCAUCGCCUCGUGCUCAAGGCCUUCGACGACCUCAAGUCGACCCAGGGCGACCACGGACGCUUCGACGCCUGGUUCCGCGUGCUCGAACAGACCAUCGACGGACGCGGCAAGAUGGGCUCCAUGGUCGGCGCCUCGGAUGAAGUGAAAAAGCUCAGCGUGGUCGGACCGCACGAGUCGAGCCUCAACGAGUAUGCGAUCAACAACAUGUUUCUCAUCAACGCCAUCCUCAACUCGGACAUCGUGCCCGAGUUCGAGGUGCGCGUGCAUCUGCGCAACCAGAUGGAGGCGAGCGGCCUCCAGCGCAUCCUCAUCAAGAUGCGCGCCUUCAAGAAUCCCGACCUGGACCUGCAGAUCGGCGUGUUCGAAAAGGGCGCCGAGGCGGACCACGAGGACGUGGUCGAGACGUUUAACAAGGAAGUGCUCACCGACCUCAGCGAUCCCGUCGACGUCUUCCGCGCCAUCGUCGGCAAGGUCGAGGGCUCGCGCGCCUACGACUUUUUCCUCUCGGCGCUGCAGCAUCUGCUGCUCAUCCGGCGCGACGGCGACGACCUGGUGCACUACUACCAGCUCAUCGACUCGAUGGUCACCUCGGUCGUCAUGGACCGCAAGGGCGCCGUCGAGGGCAACGACCUCUCGUCGCUCCUUGGCGUCUCGGUCAACAACGUGCUCUCGCGCUUCGCCGACCAGGACCACAUCAACUCGAUGCAGUCCGAACUCCAAAAGGCCAAGGCGAAAGCGACCGCGCUGGAGCAGGAAAAGCUCGAGCUCGAGGCCAAGCUCAAGCAGUCCUCCGACGGCCUCAUCGGCAAGCUGCAGGAGCAGAUCGAGAAGCUCGAGGAUGACCUGUCGCUCGCGCGCGGCAAUGCAGGUGCCGCGCGAGACGAGAUGGACGAGAUGGAAAAGGCCUACAUCGACCGCGUCGUCGCGCUCGAGAUCCAGAUCCGCGAGCUGUACGAUAUGCUGCGCGAGGCCCAGAUGGACGUCAGCGACGUCGCCGCGCCGGGCAAGGGCAGCCUCGACCGCAAACAGCUCGUCGACACGCUCGAGAAGCAGCUCGAACGCAACAAGACCAUCCGCAAGCUCGAGGCGAAUGCGCGCAAGAACAAGCCGGGCGUGCCGAGCGUGCCGCCUGUGCCCGGGGUGCCCGGGGUGCCGACCGAAGACGAUCGCAAGCGCAUCUCGGCGUCGGUGCGUCCGGCCAUGCCGCCGCCACCACCGCCGCCACCGCCUCCGCCGCCCGCGCCAGGCAUGCGCUCCGCCUUCUCCACGCCCGAAUCGUCGCGGCCCGGAUCGAUGCUGGCCUCGGUGGGCGGCACACCGGCGCCUCCCGCGCCGCCGCCGCCCGGAUCGGUGCACGAGUCGCCCAUGCAGGACGGCCUCUUCCGCAACUCGAUGAUGAACGUGCGUGCGUCGUAUGCGCCAAUGAACCUCGGACCGGCGGGACCCGUGGCGGCGCCGCCGGCGCCGGGCGUGGCGGGGCUGUUUGUCAACCACGCGCUGAGCCGCAAGGAGGUGCUGGCCAUGGCGCGCAGCAAGAUGAAGCAGCUGCAGUGGGACAAGCUGUCAGCGCAGCAUGCUGCCGAGACGAUCUUUGGGCAGCACGAGCUGACGGCGGACGAGGAGCAGAUUGUGCGGCAGCUGCAGCAGGAGGGGCUGUUCGACGAGAUGGAGGAGGACUUCAAGGCGAAGCAGCCGGUGAAGAAGUCGGCGGCGAUGGCCAAGAAGGACAAGAUGGAGCUCAAGACGCACCUGAGCCUGCAGACGCGCCAGGGCAUCGAGAUGGUGCUGAAGCGCGUCAAGUCGAGCCUGACCGAAAGCAAGCAGGCGUCGCCGGAGGAGGUGGCGCACCACAUUAUCAACUGCAACGACGCGGUGCUCGACCAGAGCUUCCUCACGGAGCUGCUGCGCCACUAUCCCGAGUCCGAGACCAAGGGUCAGCUGGGCGAGUACCGCAAUGCGUCGGACGAGGAGCUCAGGCUGCUGCAUCCGGCCGACCGGCUGGUGGUGCUGCUCAUGACCGUGCCGCAUCUCAAAGAAAAAGUCAAGGGGCUGUUGUACAUGACGCGCUACAAGGAGACGUUCGACCUGAUCAAGGGCGGCACGGUCAAGGUGCGCGAUGCGUCCGAGGGCCUCAUGAAGGCCAAGUCGUUUGCGCGUCUGCUGAGCCUCGUGCUCAUGAUGGGCAACUACCUCAACUCGACCGGCGUGCAGGGUGGCGCAUUCGGCUUCAAGAUCACGUCGAUCAACAAGCUCGUCGACACCAAGGCGUCGGACGGCACCACGCUGCUGCACUUUAUCGAGCGCACCAUCUCGCGCUGCUUCCCCGAGGUCGAGGCGUUUAUGGACGAGCUGGAGCUGCCCGCCGAAGCGUGCCGAGUGCAGCUGUGGGAUCUGCGACGCGAUCUGGCCGAGCUUAAAUCGGGCAGCUUCCAGCAUCGCAAGGAGCUCGACCGAUUGCUGGACGAGGACGAAGAGAAUCUGCAGGAUCCGUACGUCAAGAUCAUGCUGCCCUUCCUCAACGAUGCGGCUUCGGAGCUGCAGAGGCUCAACGACCAGGUUCAGUUUGCCGAGCGCGUGUACAGCGAGGCGCUCAAGUACUUUGGCGAAGGUCCUGACCCCAAGAAGCGCGGGCUGGGCCAACUGGCCAACCAGACGAUGCGCACCGAAGACUUUUUCGGCAUCUUCAAGGAGUUCCUCGCGGCGUACAAGAAGGUGAAGCUGGACAAUGUACGCAUUGGCGAGCAGCGGGCACUGGAGGCGAAGCGACGGGCGGCGGCCGAGGAGCGCGAGCGCGAGCGGCAGGAGGCACUCGCGCGCAAAGAGGCGGGUGUGGACGAUAGCGCUGUGCUCGAAACGCUGCUGGGGUCGCUGCGCAGUGGAGGAGGGGGGCCGAACAAGCAGCGACGCAAGGCGCGAGAGAGGAGACAGACCAAUGCGGCGUCCAAUGCGGGUGGGUCGGAGGACUCGACGCUCGGCUCGGGGCCCGGGGUUGCGGGGGAGAAGGGCAACCCGUCGGAUGUUGCCGCGGCCAUGCUGGCGAAACUGCAGGGCGGAGAAGAGGGCGGCGAGGUGGCGACAAGCAGCGCGUUCAGGCCGACGAGGAGGAGGGAUCGACGGUCGGGUCGCGAUGCACCGCUACCGCCUGGGUCUGCGGGCCUCGAGCAGGGCUCGCCCGCAAUGUCGUCGCCAUCGCUCUCGCAAACCGCAUCGAGCUCAACGCAUACCCCGUCUGCAUCCAUCUCGGCCUCGACGACCGUGCGCGCCGAUGCUUCGGCAGACACCACCAUCGUGCCGCCGCCUCUCGCCGCCGACGCAAAGGAGGAGAAGGACAAGGAGUGGGAAGAGGAGGAGGGCGAAGCGGAGUUUGAAGAUGCUCUGCCCGCACACGCACCGGGCGGGGGUGGGGAGCUCGAGUGGUUCGACCCCGACACGUCCGGCUUUUCGGCGGCGGGCAAGAGCAGCGCCUCGCACGAAGCGGAACAGUAG